AGGGAGGCCCCGCGGCGGGCAUGGAGGCCGCGGAGCUGGGCAGAUACUACGCAUAUCUGCAGCAAGCACAAGCUUUUUACACGUUUCCAUUCCACCAAAUGAUGACUGCAGCGCCUAACAUGGAAAUCAUGUCGGAGCAGCCAACUCCAGAGGGCGUUCCAGAGCCAAACAUUGCUCAGGAGCCUCCGAAAGAAGUUAAAAGAGGAGGAAGGAAAAGAAAAGCCAAAGCAACUGAGCCAAAGCAACCCAAAAAGCCUGCUGCUAAGAAAGAAAAAACAACUAAGUCAAAAGGCAAACAAGAAAAGAUCACAGAUACUUUUAAAGUCAAAAGAAAAGUGGACCGUUUUAAUGGUGUAUCUGAAGCUGAACUUCUGACCAAAACUUUACCUGAUAUUUUGACCUUUGAUCUGGACAUUGUAAUAAUUGGCAUAAACCCUGGCUUGAUGGCAGCUUACAAAGGACAUCAUUACCCUGGACCUGGAAACCAUUUUUGGAAGUGUCUGUUCAUGUCUGGUCUAAGUAAUGAACAGCUGAACCAUAUGGAUGACCACACCUUGCCACAUAAAUAUGGAAUUGGAUUUACAAAUAUGGUUGAAAGGACAACACCUGGAAGCAAAGACCUCUCCAGCAAGGAGUUUCGGGAAGGAGGGCGAAUCCUGAUGCAGAAGUUGCAAAAGUAUAAACCUCGUAUAGCAGUUUUCAAUGGAAAAUGUAUUUAUGAAAUUUUUAGUAAAGAAGUUUUUGGAGUAAAAGUUAAGAAUUUGGAAUUUGGACUACAGCCACACAAGGUGCCAGACACAGAAACUCUCUGCUAUGUUAUGCCAUCAUCCAGCGCAAGAUGUGCUCAGUUUCCUCGUGCACAAGAUAAAGUUCAUUAUUACAUAAAGCUGAAAGACUUAAGGGAUCAACUGAAAGGCAUUGCACCAAACACAGAGGUGCAGGAGGUGCAGUACACAUUUGACUUGAAACUUGCACAAGAGGAUGCUAAGAAGAUGGCUGUCAAAGAAGAAAAAUACGACCCGGGUUACGAAGCAGCGUACGGAGGAGCUUAUUGUGAUCGUGCGCCCUACGAAAGCGAUCAGUGCAAUUUCUCUUCCAAUGGAACUGCAGCAAGCAAUCCGCAGUACUGUGAGGGGUCCUCUUUCGGUGACAUUCCUAACGGACACUGGAUGACACAGUCCUUCGCAGACCAGAUUCCAGAGUUCAGGGCUGGGGCGCCACAGGAAGAAGAGGGAAGCAGUGCCUGAGAGCUGUUUCUUCUCGGCUACGCCUACAUGCUGCAGUUUUAAUGCAGUGAUCAAGAUUGGUACCUCGGUUCUCCAACUGAAGCAUUUUAAUAGUAUUUUAUCUCCCCUAGCUAUUUUAUUAUAGUCCAAAGUAAGUGUGUGGUAGGCUUAAAUCAAUGAACUAGAUAAUUUUAAGGAACUGUCCAAACUUUUUUUUAAAAAGUUAGCCCGUUUUUGUAUAUGAGUUUUAUAUUUAAUGUGUACCAUUUCUUGCAGUUUUUGACAAAUUGCUUUCUCAUUUGUGAAGAUUUAUUUGGGGCGUUAAUUUUAUUCCAUAAAUCAUACUGCAGUAGUAAUGGCAGCAGUAUGCUUCUUACUGAUGCCUCAGUAUUUGGAUAUCUCCUCAUUCCUUUAUAUCCAGAGGGGGAAAUGAGAAGUGUACCCAUAUCUUAUGUGAAGUAGUGUUUUUAAUCAUGCACAGUUAAGCAAAUUGUGCUUUUCAAGUCUGCCUUUUACCUUCUUAAAAAGUGCAGAAAGUUGUGUUCUGCAGCUGCGAGUACUGACUAUUUUCUGGGUGGGAAGAGAGAGCUCUGUCUGUUUCAUGGUUGGACCACAUUCAGGGUUAAGGGAGCGGAGGCUUCAUUUCAAGUCACAACACCAGGGAAGAAAAUCUGUGUCACACAGGACAGGGGCUAAAUAUUUUAUCUGAGCUGUCUUGAGGUCCAUCUCUUUCCACCUUAAAUUUUAAUGUAAAAAAACUGGAAUUCCUUAAGGAAACAAACAAACAAAAACCAACAACAGAGAUUCUUGAAUUUAAACUGUGGGUCAUUUCUGUGUGGUUAGUCUCUUCACCUGACCUUCACCAGGAGACAACCCCUUUGAACAGAUUACAUUGCAGGGAAUUGAAAGACCAUAUUCCCUGUAAAAACCACGUACAGCAGUGUUGUUUAUAUCAGGUACAGUUAGCAAGAGGGUGAAAGCAGUUUGCAUGGAACUGUUUUUAACACUGGGUUUCUCUUCAGUCUUUUAGACCUUGGAGAGUGUUCUCUAUAUUCUUCUUAGAAGUGAAAAAUACUAAGUUAAAUGAGAGCAGCUGUUCUAUUAAUAAAUUUUCAGCUGCAGAAACAAUAGCUCUGUUCUGAGGAACUUGCUUACACAAUACACAUUUUUGGCCAACAUUAGUGACUGAGAAAGAAAUAAAAUUCCAUGCUUGUGCCUAACCAUCAUCAUCUUUCCCUCAUCAUGUGAGGAAGAGAUGCAGUAAAAGCAAUAAGCUGAAUACAACAUUAGAAGUUUUGAUGACAGUAGGUGCUUCAUAUACUUGAAAAAUAGAUACAAACAGUAUCUCCACAAUCCACACUGGUCAGAAAUUCCUCUACCAGUAUGUUUUACCCUUUCCUCACAGCCAGGGACAGUUGUCAUGCAUUGAGUGUAACUAAUUAUUGUAGAUUCAAAUCCUGCUGUAAUAGCUCUCACUGAGAUCACACACUGUCAACCUGGUGUGAAGCAGGCACGAUGUUUACAGUUUCCUUCCCAAAUUAUGUGGCUUAAUUCAGAGCAUCUUAAAGCGAGACAGCGUGCAUUAUGAUUCUGAUUGUGUUUAUUAGCUUCAGCAUAAAGCUGUUCAGUAUAAUGUCAAAAUGGUAUAGGACUUGUCUGUUAUUUAAAGUGUACUGUAUCAUGUAUUGCUGUUUACAUGGAUGUUUUCCUGCAGGUGCUCAAAGUAUCUUGCAUCAGGGAUUUGUUACAAUUCAAUUUUAUUUUUCAGCAAAACUAGAAGCAUGUAAUUAGCACUCCUGAGUAUGUAGCACAGUAGGAUGGAACUACUGCAAGGCUAUCCCAUGUGAUUGGAAGAGAAAGGUCUCUUUUUAAGGGAGUCACCUAUAGGGCAUCUAGGUAUAAAAUACUGUAAAGCGUACAUGACCGUUUCACUAAAUAUUGCAAUUCUGUGUGUACUCCCUCCGAACUGGUGCUCUUUUCAUUACAGUAAUACAGAAGUUCUUAACCUGUCUUAAAUCUAUCAAUGUUUCACAAUAAAAUCAGGAAUUGUA